AUGUCUUGCUGUGUGGUUCUGAGGGGGUUCUGUGUGGGCUUGGUCCUGCUCUCCCUGUGGUCUCCAUGCUAUGGGGAGCUGACCCUGAACUCUGUCCCUCUGGCCCCCGCCAGGGGCCCCUCUAGGGGAGGGCCCCCGAGGCAAGGGGGGCACGGCUGGGGCCCGGCCCGUUCCAGACGCAGCUGGGUCUGGAACCAGUUCUUUGUUCUGGAGGAGUACACAGGGGACGAGCCCCUCUACGUGGGAAAGCUCCACUCGGACAUGGACCGGGGCGACGGACAGGUGACCUACGUGCUGAGCGGAGAGGGCGCUCCCUCCAUCUUCACCAUCGACCCUAACACGGGCGACAUCCACGCCACCAAGCGGCUGGACCGCGAGGCCCAGGCCUACUACACACUGCGCGCCCAGGCCCGCGACCGCGCCUCGGCCCGGCCCGUGGAGCCUGAGUCCCAGUUCGUGGUCAAGGUGCAGGACAUCAAUGACAACGAGCCGCGCUUUCUGGACGGGCCGUACGCGGCCAGCGUGCCCGAGAUGUCCCCCAUGGGGACGUCAGUGGUGACGGUGGUGGCCACGGAUGCAGACGACCCGACCUAUGGGAACAGUGCCCGGGUGGUGUACAGCAUCCUGCAAGGACAGCCCUACUUCUCUGUGGAGCCCAAGACCGGCCUGAUCCGCACGGCCCUUGCCGACAUGGACCGUGAGUCCCGGGACCAGUACCUCCUGGUGAUCCAGGCCAAGGACAUGGUAGGCCAGAUGGGGGGGCUGUCCGGGACCACCUCCGUUACCGUGACGCUGAGCGACGUCAACGACAACCCCCCGCACUUUUACCGCAAGAGCUACCAGUACCUGGUCCCGGAGUCCGCCCCGCUGGCCUCGCUGGUGGCCAAGGUGAAGGCCGUGGACUCGGACCUGGGCUCCAACGCAGACGUGGACUACAGCAUCCUGGAUGGAGACCCUCUGGGAAUGUUCCGGAUCGUCACGGACCGGGAGACCCAGGAGGGGCUGCUCACGCUGCAGAAGGUUCUGGACUACGAAGCCCGCCCCAGCUACACCCUGACGGUGGAGGUGACCAACCGCUACGUGGAUCCUCGCUUUGUGGCGCUUGGUCCGUUCAGCGACCGUGCCACCGUCCGUCUGCUGGUGAAGAACGUAGACGAGCCCCCCGUGUUCUCCUCCGACCUCGCCAAGAUGGCCGUCUCGGAGGCGGUCGACGUGGGCACCAGUGUCGGCAGGGUGUCGGCUCUGGACCCGGACUCCACCAACAGCCCCGUCAGGUACUCUAUUGACAGGAACACAGACCUGGAGCGGUACUUCCACAUCGACGGGUCCACCGGGGUCCUCAGAACGGCCCGGCUGCUGGACCGAGAGCUGGUCUCUCUGCACAACAUCACUGUGACGGCCUCAGAGAGCCUGGACCCGAGCCAGGUGGGGACGUCUGUGGUUCUGAUCUCCGUCACCGACGUCAACGACAACGCUCCGGCCUUCGCCAUCGACUACCAACCGUUUGUGUGUGAGAACGCCAGGUCCGGCCAGGUGAUCGAGACCAUCAGCGCGGUGGACAGAGACGAGCCUCAGACCGGACACCGCUUCCUGUUCUCCCUGCUGUCCCCGGGGGACGGGGCGACGGCCAACUUCACCCUCCGGGACAACCAGGACAACACCGCCUCCGUGCUGACCCGGCGGGCGGGGUUCCUGCGCCGGGAGCAGCCGCUCCACCUGCUGCCCGUGCUGAUCUCCGACGCCGGCCCCCCCGCCCUCAGCAGCACCGGCACCCUCUGGGUCCGGGUGUGUGCGUGCGACGCGGACGGGGGGCGUUCGCUCUGCGGCGAGGAGUCGUCCCUCCUGCGGGCGGCGGGACUCAGCCCGGCGGCCCUGCUCUCCAUCCUGGCCUGCCUCCUCCUGCUGCUGGGUCUGGUCCUGCUGGUCGCCACCGCCAGGCGCAGGAGGAGGAACCCCUUCACCCUGGACGACGACCGCGACGUCCGGGAGAACAUCGUCCGCUACGACGACGAGGGCGGCGGCGAGGAGGACACAGAGGCCUUCGACAUGGCGGCGCUCCGACACCUCAAUGCCACGCGGGACGGCGAGGGCGCCGGCACCCGCCGCUACGACAACGCCCCGGAGCUCUUGACGGCGCGCUACAGAGAGCCGCAACACAACGCCACCGUGGCGAUGGCGCCGCCGUCACCGACGCAAGUCCAGCCUCCGCCGCCGCCGCCGGCACCGGACAACACGGUGUUCCGCGAGUUCAUCCUGAGCCGGCUGCUGGAGGCGGACCUGGACUCGGCGGCGCCCCCGUACGACUCGCUGCAGACCUACGCCUUCGAGGGCAGCGGCUCGGCGGCCGAGUCCCUCAGCUCCCUGGAGUCCCCGAGCUCCGAGUCGGAGCACGCCUACGACUUCCUGACGGAGUGGGGGGCGGACUUCGGGAAACUGGCGGACCUCUACGGACACAGCGACGGGCGUAGCAGUAAGACUGACUUCCGGUCGCCCAGGCUAGUGGUGGGGGAACCAGGGGGGGCGGAGCCAACCGUCCCACUGAGACGGUAG